AUGACGGACAAAGUAGUAUCCAUUACGCAGUACUCUUUGGAUCCGGCUCCCGGACUGGCUAACGCCGCGCUGUCUGGCCUGGACACCGCCACACACACAGCCGAUCCGGACCUGAGCCAAGAGCCGAUGCCGAUCCCCAAGAAGAGUGCGACCAUCAAGACAGAUAAACCCCGUCCCCAUGUCUGCGCCACGUGCACGCGCGCGUUUGCCCGGCUCGAACACCUCAAACGGCACGAGCGCAGCCAUACCAACGAGAAGCCGUUUCAAUGUGCGGCGUGCGGACGCUGUUUUGCACGGCGAGACCUUGUUUUGAGACACCAGCAAAAAUUGCACUCGUCGCUGCCGACAAACAACAGGGCAAAGGCGCCGCGCAAGGGCCGCGGAGUCAAGUCGUCCCCCCGUGACGGCGAGAUUGUGAGCGACUAUCUCAACGACAACAUCAACAUCGUCCGCAACAACACCAAUGCGCAACUGCCUCUGCCCAACAGCGGGAGCCCUCCGCUGGAGGAGGACGAGUCGGCCAGCCAGGGCGCAGAGUUUGUGGCUGCCGUCCAGCCAGGCUCAACCGGCCAGUUCUUCUCGCCACGAAACAUGCCCGGCCCCGGUCUCGCCCACGAUGACACCCCGUCCAGGGGUGCCUCUGUGGACGAAAGCAUGGACGCGGACAAAAACCACCGCAGAGCUCAUCGCCACGCGUCGUUCUCUGCGGCCACUUCCAACUCGUAUACGGGCUAUACCAACGACGCGCCGCAGCAGGUCCAAUUCAGCUCGCCGCAGCUCAGGUACCACCAGGGCGACAUUGUCUAUCUGGACCUGGACAACCUGGACCUACAGGGGCUGCACGAACACACUGCCAGCGUCCCGCAGGCGGCGCCGCCGGCCAUCACCUCGCUGUUCCAGGGCAAGCUCACUAGCCAGGAGUUUGACUUCACCCCUGAAAGCAGCGUCUUCAGCAACAACUCGCUCACAAGCCCGGAAAAAAAAGACAGUAAGCCCUCGACCGACGACGACCGGCAUCCGAACGAGGACUGGCUGUUUGAGUUCAUCAACGCGCCUAUCGAAACGGAGUUCCCGGCCGUCUCGAACCACAUCGGGUUCACCGACUCGCCGGCCACCAACAACUCCAACCACUCUCCUUUGUCCAACGACUCUCCAACGAACGAUCUCUCGCAGUUUUUCCGUUCCCGACAACUUGAUUUAUUCAAACAUAUUUCGUUUUCCCAGCACCAGCAACAUCCAGCUCACCCCGGUCGUUUUCCGGAAAUGGUGCGCACACAUAUCAUGAACAAGUAUCAACUGAAAGCGUCGCAGUUCCCGCAGUCCGACGACCUCAAUCAUUACCUAGCACUCUACGAAAUCGAGUUCGACAAGUACUUCCCGUUCGUUCACAUUCCAUCUCUGAACGUCGAGCGCGACCUUGAGCAGAUUCCGCUGCUGCUUUCGAUGGCGGCCAUCGGCGCGUUGUACUCGUUCCACGCGCGCAACUCGUCCACGCUUUUCAACUUCUCGAGGUUCCUGAUCCACAACUUUAUGGAGAGCCAGCUGGCACAGAACAAAUUCAACGAGGUGCCCCUGCACAUCACACAGGCGCUGCUGUUGCACAUGUUUCUGGGCAUGUUCCACAACGACGUCGAAGUGACAAAGCUGACCUCGCGCCAGCUCACUUCACUGGUGUCAUUGGUCAAGACCACCAAGUUGGACAUGCCCGUGGAAACGUUCCAGCUUCCACCAACCAUCACGACCGAGAUUUCCGGCAACUCAAGCCUUGUGAGGUCGUGCUAUGAAUACUUCAUCAGAGCGCAGAGCCGAAUUCGUACCGUCCACUGUCUUCAUUACCUUUGCGUGCUGUUUGGGUCGCUGAUCGGGUCUAAUAUCCAGCUCACUGCAGAUGACAUCAGAUGCGGGUCUCCGUGCUCACUGGAAAGCCUGUGGAAAAGCAAGACAGAAUUGGACUGGCUGACGGUGCUCAAAGAGAACAAUGUGCGUAUCGACUCGAAAUUCUCACUCAUUCAACUCAGCAACGGGUUCAACUCAUACAAAGACCUCUGGCGCGACCUGAACAACCAUACGCUCGACAAGGAAAUUGGGUUCCGGUGUCUCUUGUCGCUGCUGAUGUCCUUGAACGGAGAUAUCCAUCGCCAGCGCCAGGAACUGGCCAACUCCAAUAAAAGCGUCGGAGCCAACAUGGCUGAAUGGAGACUGGAAAUUAGACCGCAGCUGGAGAGCAUCAUCAAAUCGUGGGAAAGCUGUUUCAUCCGCAACGGCGGACCAAUAGUCCCGCGCGGCCAGAACCUGCACACAAUCAGCCAGAGUCCUGUCCUGAAGCUGAUUCUGCCGCUCCUGUCAUUUGCAAAAAUAUGCAAAUGCGUCUACAUUUCUCCAAUUCUGAAAAAAGUCUGGCACAGAGACUGGGAUGGCAUGAACACGGAAAUCAAAAACCUGACCGGCGACCUGGAGGCCCUGCGGGACUCUAUCAACUACUCGCUCGACAUCAUCAAUCUCUGGGUCGAGAUCAUCUCCAUCACCAACGAUGCCGAAAAAACGUCUGUCAGAACUCCGAUUUUCUUUUUGACGUGCCUGUUCACGUCCGCGCUUCUCAUCUCCGAAUACCUCUACACUACCGAAGAAUGGGCCAUCAACUAUCUGACGGCGCCAGAAAAAUUCAACGACCUCACUACAGCCGACAGAGUGCUCUGGCUCCGUACAGAGACCAUCUUUAAAAAGGUGGAAGAAAACUUGCUACCAAAAGGAUCCAACAACUCAUCGUACUCUGAAUUCCUGCGCAUCCAAGCUAACGGCGCGUUGGAUGUCGAGAUUCUGGACGACGAAAUAGCCAGACUGGCUUUGGAGCCAGGAGACUUGCGUCCAAUUGCCCAGAUCAUGAUGAGUGCUAGAUUGAGCUCGAGAUGCUUGUCUUUAGGAGUCCGUAUUUUGGCUGAUGCGCCCGUGUGGCCUAUUGCUCUGGUUUUUGCCGAGGCUUUGAAAGCUCGUGCGACAGCAAUUCACCACACGCAAUCCCGUUUCAGUCCAGGAUCGUCUCGUUAA